AUGCCGACGCGCGCCUCGUCGCUCGCGCGCCCGGCGGCCAAGGUGCCUGGCGCAGCGCAGAUUGCAAGACAGGAGCUGCCGAUUCUGGCGAUCCUCACCCUCACCGCACUCGUGGUGCGAUGCUGGGCGCUGAGCCGGCCGAGCAGUGUCGUCUUCGACGAGGUGCACUUCGGCGGCUUCGCGUCCAAGUACGUCAACCAGCGCUUCUUCAUGGACGUGCAUCCGCCUCUGGCCAAGCUGCUGCUGGCGUUUGUGGCAUGGGCGGCCGGCUUCAAUGGCGCGUUUGACUUCAAGGAGAUCGGCCGCGAGUACCUCGUCGGCGACGACACGCCGGUGCCGUACGUCGCGAUGCGCCUGCUCUCGGCGCUGCUCGGCGUGCUCACCGUGCCGCUGGCGUACCUGACGCUGCGGGCGCUCUCGCUGCGCGUCACGACGGCGCUCGUCGGCGGCGUGCUGCUCACCUUUGAGAAUGCCCUCGUGACGCAGAGCCGGCUCAUCCUGCUCGACUCGCCGCUGCUCUUCUUCACGAGCCUGACCACGUUUGCGUGGACGGCGUUCUGCGUCGAGGAGAAGCGCCGUGCGUUUGGCAAGAGCUGGUGGCUGUGGCUGUUGGCGACGGGCGUGUCGCUGGGCUGCGUCGCCAGCGUCAAGUGGGUCGGUCUCUUCACCAUCACGACGAUCGGCCUCUGCACCAUCGUGCAGCUCUGGGCGCACCUCGGCGACGUGCGCCAGCCGAUGAGCCAGGUGCUGCGGCACUUUCUGGCGCGGGCACUCUGCCUCAUCGUCGUGCCCUUCUUCGUCUAUCUCUCGACGUUUGCCAUCCACCUCGCCGUGCUGAACCGCAGCGGCGAGGGCGAUGCAUUCAUGUCGUCUGCGUUCCAGCACACGCUGCGCGGCCACGGCAUGCCCGACACGUACGCCGACGUGGCGCUCGGCAGCACCGUGACGAUCCGGCAUCUGCACACGCAGGGCGGCUACCUGCACUCGCACUCGCACAACUACCCCGCCGGCUCGGGACAGCAGCAGAUCACGCUCUAUCCGCAUCGCGACGAGAACAAUGAGUUCUACGUCAUUGCCGCGCCGAAGCCCGACGACCCGCCGCCGCCGGUCGACAAGGACGGCGUGCCGCUCACGUCGGACGGGCCGCACGAGAUUGAGAAGUACAACACGGGCACCAUCCUGCAUCUCACGCACGGCAUGGAGGUGCGGCUCAUCCACCGCAAGUCGGACAAGCGGCUGCACUCGCACGACUCGCACCGCCCGCCCAUCACCGAGGCCGACUAUCAGAAUGAAGUGACGGCGUAUGGCUUCCCCGGCUUCUUCGGCGACGCCAACGACAACUGGCACGUUGAAAUUGAGCGGGGCGACCCAUCGGACAGCGUCAGCAGCACGCGCGUGCGCUCGCUGCGCAGCAUCGUCCGCUUCCGCCACACGCUGACGGGCUGCUAUCUCUUCUCGCACAAGAUUGCGCUGCCCGACUGGGGCUUCGGCCAGCAGGAGGUGACGUGCAACAAGAAUCCGACGCGGCCCAACUCGCUCUGGUUCAUCGAGACGAGCACGCACGCGCUGCUGGAGGACAACGGCAUGUCGCCCGGCCUGCCUGCCGAGCGCAAGAAGAAUCACAUCCACCUCGUCAACUACCUGCGCCCUUCGUUCUGGGCGCGCUUCAAGGAGCUGCAGGCGGUCAUGUGGGAGACCAACGCCGGCCUGACGGAGCGGCAUCCGUACGACUCGCGCCCCUCUGCGUGGCCGACGCUGCGCCGCGGCAUCAACUUCUGGACCAAGGACCAUCGCCAGAUCUACCUCAUUGGCAACCCGUUCGUGUGGCUUGCCAGCACCACGAGCGUAAUGGUCUACAUUGGCGCACGCGCACUGCUCAUGCUGCGUGCCAAGCGCGGCAAGCGCGACUGGAACGACUCAACGGUGGUGUUCUACGACGCCACGGCCGGCUUCCUCUUCACGGGCUGGGCGCUGCACUACCUUCCCUUCUGGCUGAUGCACCGGCAGCUCUUCAUCCACCACUACCUGCCCGCGCUCUACUUUUCCAUCCUCAUGCUCGCCGUCGUCUUUGACGUGCUGACCUCCUUCCUCAAGCCGCGCUUCCGCCUGCAGGCCGCCGCAGCCAUCAUCGGCAUCGCCAUCUUCGUGUUCAGCAUCUACGCGCCGCUCACCUACGCCGGCACGUGGACGCGCGGCCGCUGCGAGCGCGCACGCCUGGCAAAGACGUGGGACUUCAACUGCGUCGAGUUCCCCGAGGACAUCGCCGCGUACAGCGGCUUUGGGCCGGCCGUGCACACGGUGCUGCCGGCGUCUGCCAACGCAACGCAGAGCCUGGCUGGCACGAGCGCCGUGGCGCAGCCACUCGAGGCACAGGCCGGCAACCACGCCUUCGAGGAGGUGCCGAAGCUGGCGCAGUCCAGCGGCGCCGUGGCGCCCGCCGAUGUCGCCGCCGAAGCAAAUGCCGCCGCAGCCGCCGCACCCGCAGCAGCUGCCUCGCCCCACCUCAACGUCGAGGAGAUCCACGACGGCGCGCACAUGCCCGACGGCCACGUGGUGGAGGAGGUGGCGAUCGAGGGCCUGGACCACGAGGGCGUGGAGGCCGUGGUGCUGCAGGGCACGGCGGCCGUCGCGGCGACGGGGGCGAGCGAGGCGCCAAAGGCGAGCAUUACGCAGGCGGCGCCCGUCGAUCCGAAUGCGCCGGGCGAGCGGCCGGACGACGAGGUGGGCAUCGGGAGAGAGGACACGGUGAUCUGA